UUCAUUUCUUUCAGUAUUCUGUGCAAAUGUGAGCAAACGAUAGGGAGGCGUUUGCUGCAAAUAUUGAAAAUAGAAAAUUAUUAACAUAAUAACAAUACUCAGGUGCGAAAAAGGUUCCUUUUUGAAGUUGAGAACAAUCCGUUAGUGUCAAUUCAUUGCAUUAAUAAACGCAUUCGAUAGCGGAGAUUGGACCUUUUCCUUCUAUUUUCAAGUACUAUUUUAGGCCCUAACAUACGCACGCAAAGUGUUCCGCUGGAAUGGUAUCAGUUGAAGAGCAAAGUGAAAAAUGAUUGAAUCAGAUACUGAUGAUGAAUUAUCUGGGCAUGAAUCAGAGAAAGAGGAGGAAAAUGAAUUUGCUAAUGAGGAGCACAGUGCCCAAGAACCAGACAGGCAAAGUAACACAUCAGGCUCCUUUGUUUUGAAAAACCAAGCAAGAUUAGGACUUGACACUGGAAGCCCUCUGUUAUCACGCCAGAAUGCACCAAUUAUUCGACGAACAUCUUCCCAGGCUUCCAUUCGAUCAUCUAAAGAUGCUGAAUAUGAUGAAGAGGCAGAGAGAAAGGAGAAAUUGCAGAUUUACGUUUUCAUCUCAAGAUGUAUUGCAUAUCCAUUCAAUGCAAAGCAACCAACCGAUAUGACUAGAAGGCAAGCAAAAGUUACCAAGCAAAAUUUAAUAGCAAUAAAAGAACGGUUUGCUUCGUUUUUGGAUGGAAAAACAAACAUUCCGGCAGAUGAAGCCUUGAAGAAUGCUGUCAGAUCCUACCAUGAAAGUUUUCUUUGCAGCGAUAGGGUUGCUAAAAUGGUUAACAGUGGAGGCUACUCAUCUAACGACUUUCGGGAAGUAUUCAAAGCCAAUAUCGAGAAGCGUGUUAAAAAUCUCCCCGAAAUUGAAGGGCUGAGUAAAGAGACUGUUCUGAGUUCGUGGAUGGCCAAAUUUGAUGCAAUUUACCGUGGUGAUGAAGACCAGAAAAGGACACCAGCACGUUUAGCUGCCACUGCUGCAGCUGAGCUCAUUCUAUCCAAAGAUCAACUGUAUGAAAUGUUCCAAACUAUUCUUGGUGUGCGAAAGUAUGAACACAUUAUUCUCUACAACGCAUGCCAGCUUGACAACGCUGACGAACAAGCAGCUUGCAUUAGGAGAGAACUUCAGUCGAGAAGAAAGGCCCUGGAUGAUGGAGCUGCAAUGCGAAAGGCAAUGCCAAAAUUUCUUAUCAAAGAUAUGGAGAACAGUUUUAUUGAGGAACAAAAAACGAUUAUUAAUCAGUUGAUGAUGAAUUUAGAGCAGUGUCCCGUUGGAAAAACUGGAUCAGAAGGAAAAAAUGCACUCUACAAAAUGAAAAAGGCGCAGACAUCGGCAAUAACAAUGAUGGAUGUUCAUGAAGAUGGGGAAGCAGUGUCAGAAAAGUUUCACUCGCAAACAUUUUCCCUUCAGGUUACUGUAUCUGAAGCACGAGGGCUUGGGAUUCUGCCUCCAAAUCGAACAGUUCUCAUUGUAAUGGAGCUCGAAGGUGGUGAAAAGUUACAAACAGAUCAGGCAGAGGCCUCAAAACCAGUAUGGGAAACUCAUGGCGAUUGGACAUUAAAUCAACCACUGCCUGAACUAAGGCUACGAUUGCUGGCAGAGGACAGUUCAAUGUUUGCUUUAGACAGUCACAAAGAGCUUGCUAAGUUUACAUUGAAUCCGCAUUGUGGAAUGUCAGAGGGCUACGAUUGGUAUCGUAUGGUACCUUCAAAAGGUUGGAAUGGUGACCCAAUUGAAAUAAAAGUAUCAGUGAAAUUUGAAAAACCACAGAAUGUCAAGAAAUGCGGGUUUCUGUAUAUAAAAGGUCAAAAUAAGUGGAAAAAGUGGAAGAAAAGAUUUUGUAUGCUAUUUCAGGUAAGCCAAUACAACUUCACACUGUGCUCGUAUCGACCAAAGAGAGCUCAUCCAACUGAAAAAAUGAAUAUGCAAGGAUACACUGUGGAUUUCGCAGAACAAAAGCAUGAUGACGAACACCAGGGAGGUAGGUUUUUCUUCCGGGCUGUCAAAGAAGGCGAUGUUGUCGAAUUUGCGUCUGACGAAGACAUUGACCGUCAACAUUGGGUUUACAAACUUUACAAUGCAACUGGACAAUCAUUCAAGCCUGCUGCUCCCAAAAUUGACAAUGCUGUAGCUGCCAGUGGUGGAGACACCUUGCCAAGGCCAAAAGACGCUGAUAGAGCUCGCAAACAUGGUCUUGAUGAAGUCAUUCAAGCAGACCCAGUUAAAGCCUUACAUUUCAAAUUAUUUGAACUUCUACAAAGAUUGACCCUCCUUCAUCGCCUAAAUGAUUCUUACACCUGUCUAGGAUGGUUUUCCCCUGGCCAACUGUUUGUUCUUGAUGAAUACUGUUCCCGAUAUGGUGUCAGAGGUUGCCAUAGACAUCUUUGUUACUUGUCCGACUUGCUUGAAAGAGCUGAAAAUGGCGUUAUGAUCGAUCCAACACUGCUUCACUAUAGUUAUGCUUUCUGUGCAUCUCAUGUCCUUGGCAACAAGCCAGAUGGUGUAAACACAGUCACAGUUGAUGAGAAGCAGCGUUUUGAAGAGAUCAAAGAACGCCUGAGAGACUUUUUAGCCAAUCAGAUCACUCAAUUCCGAUAUUGUUUUCCAUUCGGAAGACCGGAAGGCGCUCUUAAAAGCACACUGACAUUGUACGAAAGGGUGUUAACAAAGGAUGCCGCUGCCCCUGUUGAUCCUGCCGAUGUUCGCUCUUCGGUUCGAAACUGUCUACGCAAAGCAGCUCUUGUGAAUUACACAAGGCUUUCUGGCUACGCAAGAAUAGAAGAAUUUUCAGGUGCUGAUAUAAGCCCAUCAGAAAAGUUGGAAAAGGUCACACAGCUAGCUGAGCUGUGUAUUGAGUUGAUUCAGCAGAAUGAGGAGCACCAUGCUGAGGCCUUGGCUUGGUAUUCAGAGCUAAUGACUGAGCACACUGAAAUUUUCUGGAGUCUUUAUGCUGUUGACAUGGACGAAGUUCUAGCCUGCCAGCCUAUCGAUACUUGGGACAGCUUCGUUCUUUUUCAAAUGCUCAACAAUUACCUUCGCAUGGAGCCAACUUUGUGCCAAGGCCCAUUUCACUGCCAUCUGCGUAAUAAGUUUGCUCCCCUUGUGAUUCGAUACAUCGAUUUAAUGGAGUCGUCCGUUGCAAGAUCGCUGGAUAAAACAUUCACGAAAGAAACCUGGACAGAAGUCGGUCUUGGUUGUGCUGCAUCAGAAGAAGUAUUUUGGAAACUGAAAUCGCUCCAAGCUUUUAUUCGAGAUUUGCAUUGGCCAGACGAAGAGAUGGCGGGUCAUUUGAACACACGUUUGAAGCUAAUGGCAACAGAUAUGAUCGAGGCAGUCGCUCAGAGGGUUGUGCAUGCUGCUCAACAGUUUUUGAAGGAUGCUAAAGUUGACUUUCAAUAUAUGACUGACAGAGAAAUUUGCGUCAUGCUCAACGUGUUUUCAAGUGCCCGGACCCAGGCUGAGCACCUUUGCGUCGACGAAAAUGCAAUUCUUGAGGAAUACCGUUAUCACAACACUGCAAGUCACGUUUUGGAUGUUGCUGAGUCUACAGUAUGCGAGCUUAUCUCCAACAAGUUAAGCACAAUAAUGGAUGAUAUUCUUAAGAAAUUGGCACGUUUGGACCAUGGAAAAAUUACUUCUUACGUGUUUUCAGUCGUGCAAAACAGUGAAGAAACGGCAGACAAAUUCAUUGAGUUCAUUCUUUCGAACCUUGGUAAUUUCAGGAAGUUUAUUAGACAAAAGCGCCUGUUGGAUUUCGUGUCUAAGGUUAUCUGGGACAAACACUGUCAAAUGUGGUGUGAUUGGCUUGUAGAGAGACAGGAUCUACCUUUACACAUGCAGCAAUUUAAUGUGCUAUCUUGUAUAAUCGAGGCUUCGCGUAGGCUGUUUGAAGACCAAGGCUUGACUGAAGCAGUCUUGGAGACAGAGCAGUUUAGGGCCGCAUAUUCUAAAUUGCAGACUGAAAAAGCUGUGCUGGACCUCACUGAAUCAAGCAUGUUAUCCAGGGAAGUAAAAAUGGAAGAAAGUUAUAAAUCAAAAUCAUCCACCAGCGAAAACGAAGAUUAUUUGUAAUUUAUGAACAUUUUUAUCCAUUUUUGCUGCUAAUUGAGGUAUAUUUGGGAACAUUUUUGUAAUGAAAAUAUUGCUUAUACCUUACUGCAAUUUCGAUGAGCCAAAAUAAUCAAGCCUUAAUAGCAUUGCGAUUGCAAUCGUAAAAGCAAAUAUUUAUAUAUAUACUUGAAGAUUAUGUUGCAUGUUUUUACGUAAAACAUUUUAACCUAAAGCCUAUUCUUAAUGAUAUUACAGUAACAGCAUAAUUUACCAUUAACAGAUCCAAAGUUUUAGGUUGUUUUUCCAGUUGAUCGUUACUUUCAAAGAUGUCAUAUUGCACAAUGAUUUUUAAUUUUAUUUUUUUAUUUUGAAACCUGCCUCUUUCCCACUUUUAUUACAACACAACUUAAACUUCCAAUUCAAUAUGAUUUUUCUCAUUUUCGAUGUUUGUCAAACCAUAUUGUAUUGUUUUGCCUUUUAACGUAUUUCAUUGUAUUGUAUUUUAUUUUACUGCAUUAUAUUAUGCUGUAUUUCAUUG